GGGACGGGUCGUUGCGCGCAACACGAUAUAAAAAAAAAUAGUAACGUCAUAAUUUGCCGCGAAAAAAUACAGAUUUUAAAUCGUUAAGUACAACAUCGUUUUUUUUUUUAAGUGUAGUGAUGGGAUGAAAUGUUAGCAAUGUAAUAGUGAUGUGAAAUAUUUACCUAUGGUGUUUUUGUGUCACGGAAGAAUCUGCGGCGAUACCUAAUGCGUUAUGCGAUAACUAAUAAAGGUCAAAAUUCAAAGAUCUCCGAGUGAAGCAGACGACAGUUGACGUCCUAAUACGGAAUUGAACAGUGAAAUCAAGGAAUUUAGUAUUUACAGUUUGAUGUGGAGGCAACGGAUUCUAAAACGAAACUAUUGAAAAAGCCCAUGUUAAAUUAACCAAGUUUAAUAUUACGGUCAGUGUAAACGAAAAGAAAAAAAAAAUAGUGCAACAUCAGUAGUAAUUUAUAUUGAAAACUUAAAAUAUCUCAAUGUAGAGAUAUCAAAAGUGUAAUAGUGAAAAUCUGCAGUGAAGUUACGGAGCUUUGCAGUGAAAUAGUGAUAUUCGAAACAAAACAACUGGAAUUUGAAAUAAAUUGAGGCAAUCGGGUGAAAAUUGUGGCAAAUUGCUGUGAAAUAGUGGAAAUUAAGCGUGAAACAGUGUAUGAUGUGUACCGAGUAUGGGUGAACAGCUGCACAAGACCUGCGUGCGGGUGAACUCCGCCGACGACGAUGACGAGACCCGAGACGAGGUAGACCAUGAGUUGCCCAAGAAGAACCCUUUUGUGCGGGGCUCGGACCCUCGCGUGGCCACGUGCCGAGGUCGCCUGCAGACGCGGCGCUGUCAGCUCAACCAGGAGAUCAACAAGGAGCUACGGCUCCGAGCCGGCGCCGAGAACUUGUUUAAGGCCACGACGAAUAGGAAGCUGCGCGAGACCGUCGCCCUGGAGCUGAGCUUCGUGAACUCGAACCUGCAGCUUCUGAAGGAGCAACUCUCCGAGCUCAACUCCUCGGUGGAACUCUAUCAGAACGACAGCAAGGAGUGCGUGAUGCCGAUGAUCCCGCUGGGCCUCAAGGAGACAAAGGAGGUGGAUUUCCGCGAGCCCUUCAAAGACUUCAUCCUCGAACACUACAGCGAGGAUGCGGCCACGUACGAAGACGCCAUCUCUGACUUCAUGGAUAUGAGACAGGCUAUGCGCACACCGGUGCGCUCCACGGCUGGAGUGUCCCUCCUGUUCAAGUACUACAACCAGCUAUACUACAUCGAAAGACGGUUUUUCCCGCCGGACAGAUCGCUCGGCGUGUACUUUGAGUGGUUCGACUCUUUAACAGGAGUCCCAUCGUGUCAGCGUACAGUCGCCUUUGAGAAAGCGUGCGUGCUGUUCAACAUUGCUGGCAUUUACACGCAAAUCGGCGCCAGGCAGGAGCGUGCGACGUGCGCAGGUCUGGAUGGCGCGGUGGACGCACUGCUAAGAGCGGCGGGCGCACUGCGGUACAUCCACGAGAACUUCACCAACGCACCCUCGGUGGACCUCGCCGCGGACACCCUCCUUGUACUGGGAGCUCUCAUGACGGCGCAGGCGCGCGAGUGCCUGUUCGAGAAGCUGCAGCUGCAGGCGCGCGAGGCGUGCGGCGGGCGCGAGCGCGAGCUGCGCGACGACCUCGACAUGUGCCUCGACCUCGCGCAGGAGAGCGCGCAGCUCGCCACCACCUACCAGCAGCUCUACGAGAAGAUGCAAACAGAAGGAGUGUUCAACUACGUGCCAUACUCGUGGGUCUCGCUGGUCCACGUUAAGACUGAAUUCUAUAAAGCAUUAGCGCAUCAGUACUGCGCGACGGGGCUACUGCACGCGACGGGAGAGAGACGUGCUCGCGACCGGCUCGCGGCACUCUACGCGCCCUCCGACAAUGAUGGUUCUAUAACAGGACUGAAGUGUGAUGAAGAAUUCGAUCACACCGCACUGGGGCGUGCGCACCUGGCGGAGGCCCUCGCGCUGUAUGAAGAGGCCUUGAGGUUGCAGAGGAUGUGCCGGGAGCUACGGAACAAGGAGGCGUUGUCUCGAGCGGUGCGUGCGGCUCGCGAGCGAGCGUCGCGCGAGCACGCACCGCCCGCGGACGAGUUUGCGGACAUGCUGGAUGUGCCGAACAUAUUACCUUCAUCCAAAUUCCAACUGGCCCUUACCCCGCCAGACUUCGCCCAGUACCGGGUGGACGACCUGUUCAAGUCGCUGGGACCGAUCGCGGUGUUCUCCGCCAAGCGGCACUGGAGUGCGCCCAGGCUGGUCCAACUGCAGAAACAGUCGGACAAGCGCAGGGACGCGAGGCGCGACCGAAGACACGGCCACGAGGAAACGAAGGUCAAGCGCCGGGCCAGCGACAAACGGGACAGGUCCGAAGACAACACCACGUAUUACAACCAGGGUAUCAGAAGCGACGAGAAGUACGCCGAUGAUUACGACAAGCACAGGGUGUCGAAGCAGAACGGGGUGUACAUCAACAGCUUCGACAACCACUUCGACUACCAGCCGAGGGUGUUGGAUGACAAGUACGGGUGCCGGGAGAACGGGUUCAAGGACUACGGGAAGAAUGGGCGGGAGCGGAGGAAGGCUGAGCUCAGGAGGGUUGCGAGCGAGCAUAGUGUUAAUAAAGAGGAGGAGGGUUUCGGGUUCUCCGUGAGGGGGGACGCCCCGGUUGUCAUCGCCGCUGUGGAGCCCAACUCCUUGGCCGAUAUCGGCGGAAUGCGAGAAGGCGACUUCAUAAUAUCCAUAGGCGACAAGGACGUGAAGUGGAGUUCGCACGAGGAGGCGGUGGCGCUCAUCCAGGCCACGGGGGACUCGCUCACCCUGCGCCUCGCCACCCCCAUGGACCGCGCACACUCCAAGUCCUCCCCGGAAGCCCCCCGGCAGACCAACUCCAACCAGGGCUCCGUGUCGGCCGCGUCCACUGCGUCCAGCGGCUCCACCGCCGCCACCGCGCGCUCGGCGGCCCGCCGGGUGCCCUCCUGGAACCCCUUCAAGCGCACCGGCGCCCGGGACACCAGCUCGCACCGGGGCUCGCACAGCAACGUCAUAUUCCGGUGAACCGGCCACGGAGCCUGGCUCAAGUCCACGAUAUUUAAGCUAACUGUUCAUAUUAUAUUAAUAGUGUGUAUAAACUCCUUUGUCUCUUAAUUCUGCACUAACAUACAGUCAUUCAUUUAAUGUAAACAUCAUGAAAUUAUCUGUCCACAGAAUCAUUAAACUGGCUCGAGCAAAAGAUUUUAAUUUGGAAAUCUGCUCUUUCUCCAGCGCAUUUCAUUGGUCGAUAACUCUGUCUUUACAACGGGGAAUCCCCGCAGGCGGGCGGAGCACCAAUCGAAUUCAAUCGAUUUACCAGGCUUGCUUUUUGGAAAUUUACGCAUGCAUUCUCCCUUUUGGGAUACGUUUGAAACGCUCACGCACCCGAAAUGCGUCCGUCAUCGAUGAAUGAAUAUAAGCCCUUAAUUUCCCGCUGGCAGAAUGUUUCAACCGUAAAAUGAAUAAAUUCACUCUUAAAAAUCCGUGCGUGGCAAUAGUCCUUAAUGCAUUUCGACGCGGCUGUAAGAAGCUCGCCGUCUAGUGGUGUUGUACUAUUAGGCAUAAAAAAAUAGCCACCAUUUUAAGAUGCAUGUGCUUUUCUUAAAGCUUAAAAUUCUAAUCUACCCACAUCUUUCAGUUUAAUAUAACUUUUAACUUUAGAUGUAGUAGCUGGCUGAUGGAGGUUUUUUAUAUAUUAUAUCAAAAUUUUCAAAUAUCAGUAUUAUAUAUCAGUCUAUAUCUUGAAUAUACUUUGAGAAAUUAUGAAUCCGUCCGUCUAGUUGCAUCUAUUAUAUAUUUAGUUUCUAAAUAUAUAUUUAGGCUAAGAAAUAAUAUAUGGCUAUGACAUUCCAAAGUUUUCCCUUACUUAUAUGAAAUUGUUGAUUUCAAUUCUAUGAAUACUAAUAUAUGAAUAUUAAAUUAUCUCUUUUGUUUUUUUAAUAUAUUCUUUGUUAUAAUUAUUUUGGGUAGUUAAAGGUUCUUUUUUUUAAUAAUUUGCCCGCAGCUAUACCUACCAACUUACUUUACUAAAGUUUAUCAAUUUUAGUAGGGAAAUUUGCAAAUAGUUACUGUGUAAAAAUAAUGUUUUAGAGCCAAAAUAAAACGAAGAAAUAACAAAACGAAAGCAAAAUAUAAUAAUAAAGGUUUUAAUAAAAAAUCUGAGGUUAGCAGGUUGAAAAGUGACCUAUUAAAAUAGCUAAACUUUAGUUACUUUAACACAAUUUUUUCCUUAAAACUAAUAAUUAUUAUUAAUGUAUAAUGUAUUAUUAUUGAAAAUUUGUUAAUUAAUAUCUUAAAAUAUACCUAUAAUACUUAUUUUUGUCAACUGUCACAUCUUUAUCUUAAUCAAGAAGUGCACAGUUAACGAAAGAGAAUUCGACGCCUCGCAACUGUUUCGGUACAUUUUUCAAUUGCUAAAUAUGUAAUCUUAAUCUCAGGAAUAAAUAUGACGUUUAGACAAUUUAUUGCUCGGUUAGGUUCACUAUCGAUUGAAAAAUCGUCCCUUAAUGUGAUAACGUCCAAAAAAUUGGUGCUAAUUCCUUUGUACACUAAUCCUUGUCUAAAUUGACAGAAUAUUCAUUUCCCCUUAUUUACCAAUAAUGCUGUCAAUUCAAACCACCCGCCAAUAAUAUGUUAUAUUUUCAGCAUGCGAUUUGGAAAUGGCAAUUCCCAUAAUACACUCCCUUAAGACUACUGAAAUGGUUCGCCGCUUGUGGCAUGCUUUUUAGAAAUCGGCAUCGCCCGAAAUACGUGUCUCUCGGACGAAUUAAAACUCUUUUAGUGGUCGGAAAAAGGUAGAUGUUAUCACAUGCGAAUUUAAAGGCCCUUUUUUAUGAGGAUUAUAUCAAACAUAUCUUAUAGCUACUUAAUUCUUUUUUUUAUGUAUAAAAGCAUGUUGUUUUAUUAUUUCAGGUUUUGAUUGCAAUAUUUGAUUUAGUAUUUUGGUUGUGAUCGAUUUAAAAAUAUUAAAAUAUAUAUUUAUUGGUACAGCAAAGCAGGGUAACUUUGCUUUUGCAUCUUUGACAGUCGACAGCAAAAUAAUAAAGAUAACAAGAUCUGAUCAUAAUAUAGUCUAUUUUUAUACUAAAAACAUUAAUACAUAAUACAAAUAAUUGCACUUACACAUCAAAUACAGAUUAAUAAUUUAUAUGAGGAACUUCAUUGCACGAAGACAUGCCAGUGUCCGAUUUGUAUUUCAAAAAAACAUUCAGAGUUUUUCUGGAAUGCAUGAAUGCGUAAAGGUUUGUUUUAAUAAUUUACCCUUGAUUGUCAAAGUUACCUAACUUGAGGUGCCUACAUGUUUUUCUUCUUAAAAAAUUAUAUUAUUGAUCGCACCCAAAUAUUAAAAGACUUGUUAUAAUUUUUUAA